CUACAGUUUACCGAUGUACAGUAACAGUUCAACUCGCUCGUUUCCCGUAAUCCCAGAGAAACACUGCCGCAACAUUCUCUAUCCGCAGAGCCAUACCACCACAAAUGCUGCAAAGAUGGACUUCAAAUCUCUCAUGGCUGCACAGAUAGCCAAAGCCAAACCGGCCGCAUCACCAUCACCACCACCACAAUCCUCUCCCUCUCCAACCCCAGACGCCUCCACCACAACCACGAAAUACGUGCGGCGCGCCGAACUCGAAGCAGCCCGUCAAGCCGCCUACGCCGCGGAACAAGCCCGAAUCGAAGCGGAGCGCGCAGAGCGGGCGGCAAAGAAACGGAAACUCGAAGAAGAAGAAGCAGAACGCAAAGCGAUCCGCGAAGAGAAACGAAGAAAACUAGCAGAAGAAUCACGCCGGCGACGAGAAGAACAAGAACGCGAAGAGGAGCGCAAACGCAGGAAACGACUCGGUCUACCUGACCUGCCACCACCUAACACCAACAACCAUGACCAACAACCAUCUUCCUCUACAACAGACCAACCUUCCGCAUCAGCAGCCGCCGUCGACGGAGACCAAGAAGACAUCCCCGACGACGAACUACGACAGAAACUACGAGACCUCAACGAACCCGCAACCCUAUUCGACGAAACACACUCUGCCCGACUCCAGCGGUAUCGUCGCCGGCUGAAAGCCUCACAGAUGGCUGUGGCAACCAAACCAAAAAUCACAGACGGCCCGAUCCCAACGACGCUCGAACCCGUCCCCGAAAAGGACAUGCUUCUACCAUCGUCAUCAACACUCCCUGCUCCAAACACACCCGAGCACGAGUUCCUAUACCGCCAACUAGCAUCGUGGUUCACACUCGUAUUGACAGAAUGGUCCAUCGCGCUGUCUCAACGAGACGCCGCCGUGCGCGCCUCGUCGUCCGGCAAAGCCGCAUCCAGCAGUUACCAACAAGUCCUGAAAGACUUGACACCCUUAUUUCGACGGUUCGAGCGCCGCGACUUGGAACCCGAUCUCCUCGAACCGAUCUGCCAGAUCGUCCGGGCCGCCCAACGUCGACGCUACGUCGAGGCCAACGAUGCGUAUUUGACUUUAUCGAUUGGCAAAGCCGCAUGGCCAAUCGGUGUCACCAUGGUCGGCAUUCAUGAGCGUUCUGCACGCGAGAAACUCCAUGCCAGUAGUGCCGGGAAACAGGCGCAUAUCUUGUCCGAUGAGGUCACGAGGAAGUUUCUGCAGAGUAUUAAGCGGUGUUUGAGCUUUGCUCAGACGAGAUGGCCGCCGGAGGAUUUGGCUCAGUUGAUGGGUUAAGGAAAAAAAAAUUAAAAACAGAUAUAAUGGAUUACGACGAGGAUCCAAUCAAUCAGUCAAUCAAUCGGAUCUAUCGACCGACCGACCCAUGUUUUGUGCCUGGCUGUUGUUACUACUGACCUCACUCAGCCUUUGUUCCUCCCUGAGUUAAGGUAUGGCCAAAAAAACCUCCCCGGGGACAGCUCAAUUCAAUCGCCCGAGGAUCCACGUGUUCGUCCAUCGACCAUCACCAUCAGGUACUAGUACUUCACGUACCCUGUACAAUGUACGCCCGUCAAUCAUGCAUUUCCCCAGACAUGUUAUGUGCACCUACCUACCCACGUGUCUUGUCUGUGUACAGUACCUCGUGCUCCAUAUCAGGCACUGACAUGGUACUUGUCGCCCCAUACUAGGUCUUCUCCAUUUCUAUCCCCA